CGUCCGUCAAGCGGCCGGAGCGGGAGAGGGCCAAUCAGACGCGCCUAUCGAGGCGCGGGCGGAGCUUGGGCGGCAGGGUGGAAGCGGCGAGACCCGGCACAGGGGACGGUGUCUGAGGAGCUGGAGGGAAGCGUCUGGUAGAAAUGAAAAGAAAUUACUGGAGAGGCAAAGAAAAGCAUGGAUGGAGCAAUUGCAAGCGCGGCUGCCGUCCCUAUCGCUGCAGGAGGCCCAGUGACAGUAACUGUACCGAAAGGCUGGAACAGGAGGAACCACAGACCACAGUGACUGCAGGCCCCAGCAGCGGAGAUCCUUCUUCAUCCAGUUUAACACAAGACUCUGUAGUACCAGAACUGCCAGGAUUUUACUAUGACUCAGAAAAGAACCGCUAUUUUCGCCUGCUGCCUGGACAUAAUAACUACAACCCACUCACCAAGGAGAGCAUUCAGUACAAGGCAAUGGAAUGCAAAAGACUGAGACUCUUAGAAGAGGAAGAAAAACAAAAGAAGAAGACAACAAGGGCUGGACUGAACUCAUCUGUACUGUUCCAGAAACGGCAGCUGGGUUUGCUCAGCUCCACAAGUUAUUGCAGGUUGGUGCAUGAACUAAAAGUGAACUGCAUGCAGAGGAGGAAGAUAGAAAUUCACAGUCCAGAUUCCUCAGUUGCUGGAACCAACAACUUUAAAAUAAUUGUGGCAGAUGUUGCUUGUGAACGGAUAUUCACUGUGAAUGAUGUAGAGCAUGGAGGAUGUAAAUACGGUAUCAUCAACCUCAGUGGUUUGGGGAAGGAGUCUCUCACUGUGGAGAUGUAUGACAACCUCUACUUCACAAACCGCAAAGUGAAUUCUGUGUGCUGGGCAUCAUUGACUCAUCCAGAUUCUCAUGUUUUGCUGUGUCUCAUGGGAAUUGCAGAAACACCAGGCUGUGCUAGUCUGCUUCCAGCAUCAUUGUUCAGCAGCACUAACCCAGGAGAUCGACCUGGAAUGCUGUGCAGCUUCAAGAUAUCCACUGCCUGGUCCUGUGCUUGGUGCCUGAAUCCCCAAGCAGACAACUGCUUCAGCACAGGCCUGACACGACGAGUUCUUGUGACCAAUGUAGUGACAGGGCAUCGACAGACAUUUGGAACCAGUAGCGAUGUAUUGGCACAACAGUUUGCCACACAGACCCCAAUGCUGUACAACGGCUGCCGUUCAGGUGAGAUUUUCAGCAUUGAUGUGCGUCAACGCAGCCGAAAGGGCCAGAGCUGGAAAGCAAUUCGUCUCUUCCAUGACUCAGCAGUUACAUCCAUUCGCCUUCUUGAGGCUGAACAUUAUCUUAUGGCAGCAGACAUGGCUGGAAAGAUAAAACUGUGGGACUUGAGAACAGCAAAGUGUGUGAAGCAGUACAAAGGUCAUCACAAUGAAUACGCUGUUCUCCCUUUGCAUGUAAAUGAGGAGGAAGGACUUCUUACAGCAGUUGGUCAGGAUUGCUACACCAGAAUUUGGAGUCUCCAAGAUGCACAUCUGCUCAGAACCAUCCCUUCCCCUCACCCAGCCUCCAAAGAUGCCAUUCCCAGUGUGGUGUUUUCUUCAAGACUUGGGGGUAGACGAGGAGUUCCUGGCUUACUCAUGGCUGUCAAACAGGAUCUCUACCAUUUCUCCUAUAACUGACACACUAUUUUCCUCAGACAUAGUCUACAAAACUGCACCAGUCAUUAGGUGCUGCUGUUGCAUCUGUGUUACCUCCAGCAGGUUCAGCAAAUUUUGCUGUAUACAUCUUGAGACAUCUUGUAAAUAAAAGCUGAAUGCUGGAUAA